UCCACUCCCACGUCAACCAAACGAGUCAUUGGGAUUGCGGUGGUGCGAGUGCGAGCCCCCUCCCUCCCCAGUCCCUGCCAUCCAUCCCCGCCGCUUCUCCACUAUUGGACAAGUAAAAGCGAGCGGGCCUCCGCCGUCGGUGCGGCGGUGGGGAUGGGGGGAGGAGGCGGACGGGAAGGAGACUGGGAGUGCGGGGGGUGCCGGAACCGCAACUACGCCUUCCGUUCCCUGUGCAACCGCUGCAAGCAGCCGCGCCUUUUGGUGGACACCAUGACCCCUCCCGACUCCAAGUGGCUCCCCCGCGUCGGUGACUGGAUCUGCACCGGUUGCAGUAACAACAAUUAUGCAUCCAGAGAGAAGUGUAAGAAGUGCAGCCAGUCAAAGGAGGAAGGGGCAUUGCCAGCAAUUGCAAUGCCUGGAGUAUCUCUUUCAACUUAUGCACAAUGUUUUGCUGGGGUUCAGGGACUACAUGGAUCGAAGAUGAAUUUUGGGAUUACAAGCAAUUCUGCUAUUCAUUCAUUUCCACCAAGUUCUGAUUGGUCAUAUGGUGGUCCUGAUGGAUAUGGGCUUCAGUCUGCUCCCAGCUGGUCCUUAAAUGACAGUAGUGGAAGUGAAUAUUCAUAUGCAAGCAACAGAAAGCAGCUUCCUGUGGUUCCUAAGGGAUGGCGAGAUGGUGAUUGGAUAUGUGACUGUGGUUUUCAUAACUACUCAUCCCGUACACAGUGUAAGAAAUGCAAUGCACCUGUAUUGUCUGGUGUUACUUCUUCAGCGCUGGGUUCAGCAGUUUCAGGAACUGUUUAUCCAGCUUUGAGAACAAAACGAUUGGGGUCAGAGGAGCUUGUUACUGACUGGGAUGAUAGAAGGCUGAAUGCAGGAGACAUAGAUAGUCAUUGUCUGACAAGUGAGCAGCAGCACUCAUAUCAGGGUUUCAAGGAACCAGUAGUAUCCAGUUAUGAUCAAACACUCGAAAUGUAUGCUAAAUAUUCCAGUUUGCUGGCACCAUCAAUGGAAGUAAAUGCAGAGUCUGCACAGAGAGCAGUGCCUACACUUCUAGGAAAAGGGGCAAAACAAUGGCGUGAAGGGGACUGGAUGUGCAGUAAGUGUGAUAAUCACAAUUUUUCAUCUCAUUCUUUUUGCAACAGAUGUAAAACUCUGAAAGAAGUUGCUGUACACUCUGGAGGUGUUGGUAGUAUAGAUUGAAAACGCGCACUUCAGAUGGUUACCAAUCAAUGGUGCCGGAAAUUUCCUCUCUUUUUUCUGCAGCAGAGCAAAGCUUCCUUCCUGUUGUUCACUGGCAAGUUUGCUAAUUGGUCUUAGAACCUAUUGAUGGUUGGUCUUGACACCUACUUGAUAGGAAGAAAACCAUCGGAUGAGAAGUGGGUUUUUUCUAAUGCUGAAUAAAGAUCAACCAAUGUGCUUAUUUUGGUUGCAAACCAAUGUGCUUAGUUUUUCCUUAAGGUACAAAAUCAUGCAGCUUCUCCUAGCUGAUUUCAAGAAAUAUGUGCUAAAAGGAUACGAGUUCUUAACUGAAAGAUGUAUCAUGGCUGGGUUUAUGAGAA